GAAUUUUAGCUAGCCUAAGGGGUAGGCUCGCUCGCAAUUAAUUCUAUUCUAGGGAAUUUCAGCUAGCCUAAGGGGGUCCCUCGCACGCAAUUCUUGUAUUUGUACCUUACUUUAUGCACACAUACGCGAUUCGGUUACAGUGGCGUAUAGGCGCUUCCGUAUGAAACUGUGAUCGGGACUUGAUAUAUUUGGCGGCAAUUGAGCAAGUUAUCCAACCCUGAUUCGCAUCGCAGUUAUGGCAGUUAUCAACAAUUUGUUGACAAAGCAAAAGAAAUAAAAAAAUAUUCUUGUAAUUUAGUGUUUAUAUAUGUAAAAAAAAUACAAACAUUUAUGUGAUUUGAAACUUUCACUAUUUAGGAAAUCUUUCAUUAGAAAAGUGGUGGAAACGAUUAAUCGUAGUGACCAAGAAUUUUUAUUAUAACGACGUUGAUUAGAAUUUUUAGGUUAUAAUAAAAUGGAUGAUUUUUCGGCUACUCAACUUUGCGAAAGUAGCAAAAGCCUAAGUGAAUUGUCGCAAACACAAACUCCUGAAGGUGACAGGAAAAAGCAGAUCGGAACAUUAAAAAUAAGAAAUAAAGAAUAUCCAAUUUAUAUUGGAACAAAUACUCUUGGCAGACAUAAUUCGAAUCAGAUUAUUAUUAAAGAUGCAUCAGUUUCAAAGCAUCAUGCUGAAAUCGAAGGAAGGAAACGAAGUUGUUUCGUGACAGAUCUAAAAUCCUUAAAUGGAACUUUCGAUCAAUUUAAGGAAAAAUAUCUAGAAAAUAAGGCGUACAUGUUAAUGAAUGGAUCCACGGUAAAAUUCGGUCAAGUUGAAGCAACUUUUAGACAUUUUCGCUCUGAGGGCAAUGUCAUAAGAACUCCAGUAAGUGCAAGGAUAAAUCAACUUGUCGCGAGUACACCGCAAUCUGCUUUGAAUAGCACCCACGAUGAAUCGUCGGUAGUUUAUGGAACGCAAGCUGCCCAAGAAAUUUCAAGUCCUUGUUCAAGUAAAUUUGUCAGGCCAAAGAAUUUACAAAACGAGUUUUCGAAAAUUGAGGAUAAUUUAGGUGAAAUUGAAGAAGAAUUUCAUAAAGAAUUCAGUGUAAAUAUAUCUUCAGCUAAUGAAGCAGUUAAUCAUGAGAAUUUAAAACAUCAAAAUUCAGCAGAUCUUGAUUUGUUUUCUCAUAUUUCAAGCAAAGAUAUUCCAACAACGUCCUUUAAAAAUAUUGAAGAAGAACCCACACAGGCAUUUAUUGUAAAAAAACGUUCCGAAACUUUCGAUAAUCCAAAUAUUGUGCCUGAAUCUGAUUCAGAUUCAGACAGUGAUCACGAGAAAAACAUUUCCAGAGGAGAUAAAAUUUUUGAACUCGAAACUCAGCCAGUUGCGAAUUUAAUAGAUAAGAAAAAUACUUCAAAAUCAUUUAAAAAUAAUUCAAAAAAAGCAGAUACAGAUGAUGAGGAUGAAAUUUUCAAACAACAAACACAAUUAGUUGACAAAAAACUAAUACCAAAAGUUGAUAAAAUAAAUAUUUCCCUAAAUUCAAGUAAUAUUCAUCUCGAAGUAACACAAAGUUUCGAAAAAGAAGAAGAAAGUAGCGAUAAAAAUGUGUCUGCAAAUUAUUCGAGAGUCAAGGAUUCCGAUAAAGAGGUUUUUAAAGAAACGGUUAAAAAAAUUCCCGAUAAAAUUGAUGAUAUACAUGAAAAUGCGACUCAAGUAUUUUCUACAAAAUCAAAUGAUGUUCAUGAAGUGAAGACUCAAGCAUUUUUAAGUCCAUCUACCCGCGUGCCAUUGAAAUCGAAAAACACCGCUUUAGCAAAAUUGGAAGAUUCCGAUACGGAUGAAGAAGGAAUUUUCGAAGGUUCAACACAAAAGGUCGAGGGAAAUUUAGAUAACAUUCACGAAGCAAUCACACAAGCGAGUUCGAAAUCAAAGGACAAUGAAGAUUCCGAAACCGAUGAGGAAGGAGUUUUUAAUGAACCGACACAAAAAGUUUCUACAAAAAUUGAUGACUCAAAGAAUUUAGAUUCAAAUACUAAUAAAGACGUUUCAUCUGAAUCAAAUAAACAACUUUCCGAUCACAAAACUACGGCUCAAGUAUUUUUAAAACCGGACAAUAUCCAUGAAAAUGAAACACAAGCAUUUUCCAGUGCCACGAAAAUAUUACGCGAAGAAUCUAAAGAUCCACAAGAAUAUUCGGCGAAUUUCGAAGCAGAUGAAAUUGAUUUUGAAGGACCGACUCAAAAACUCCCUCGUCACGUUCGUAAUAUUCACGAAGAUUCGACUCAAGUUUUUGCAAACAAUAAAAUUCAUGAAGAUAAAACACAAGUAUUUUUGAGUCCAUCGAGUAGAAAAUUACCUGGAAAAUCGAAGAAAGAUAUAAAAGAAAAACGAAAUGAAGAUCUCGAAGAAGAUGCGAGAAAUUUUCAAGAUGAGACAGAUUUUGAGGGACCGACUCAGAAAUUCCCGCAUAAAGUUCGUAACGUUCAUGAGGACGCGACUCAAGUAUUUGCCACGAAAUCGGACAAUAUUCACGAAGAUAAAACUCAAGUAUUCUCGAGUCCUCCACCAAGAAAAUUACACGAAAAAUCUAAAGAUCUAAACGAAGAUGUACACGAAUUUUCGAGAAAUUUUGAAGAAGAUGAUAUAGAUUUUGACGGACCGACUCAAAAAAUACCCGAAAGAGUUGAAAAAAUUCACGAGGACGCGACUCAAGCAUUCGCCACGAAAUCGGAGAAUAUCCAUCAAAGUAAAACUCAAGCAUUCUCGAGUUCUUCGACAAGAAAAUUAGACGGACAAUCUAAAGAUCUAAACGAAGAUCUGAACGAAGAUGUAAAAGAAUAUUCGAGAAAUUUCGAAGAAGAUGAUAUAGAUUUUGACGGACCGACUCAAAAAAUACCCGAAAGAGUUGAAAAAAUUCACGAGGACGCGACUCAAGCAUUCGCCACGAAAUCGGAGAAUAUCCAUCAAAGUAAAACUCAAGCAUUCUCGAGUUCUUCGACAAGAAAAUUAGACGGAAAAUCUAAAGAUCUAAACGAAGAUCCAAACGAAGAUCUAAAAGAAUAUUCAAGAAAUUUUGAAGAAGACGAUAUAGAUUUUGACGGACCGACUCAAAAAAUGCCCGAAAGAAUCGAUAAUAUUUACGAAGACGCGACUCAAAUAUUCUCAAAAAAAUCAGAUAAUAUCCAUGAAGACAAGACCCAAGUAUUCUCGAGUCCGUCAAUAAGAAAAAUAUCAAAAAAAGCAGAUCUUUCGAAAUCGAAAGCAGAUCGAGAAGAAGAUUCAAGAAAUUUGGAAGCAGACGAAAUAGACUUUGAGGGACCGACACAAAAAUUACCCGAAAAAAUCGAUAAUAUUUACGAGGACGCGACUCAAAAAAUACCCGAAAAAAUCGAUAAUAUUUACCAGGACGCAACUCAAGUAUUCUCGACAAAAUCCGAAAAUAUCCAUGAAAGUAAAACUCAAAUUGUUCCCAGUUCUUCGGGAACAAAAUUACUGAAAUCAGCCCUCAAAACACAUGCAAGAAAAUCUCUAAUAAAGCACUCGUCUGUUUUUGAAUCAAACGAAAUAGAUUUUGAUGCAGAGACGCAAAAAAUUUCGGACAAUAUCCAUCAAGACGAGACGCAAUUAUUUUUAAACUCUAGGAAAAAGUCGAAUAUUCUCGAAACAGAUGAAAUUGAUUACGAGGGUCCAACGCAAAAAUUAAUUACGAAGUCUGUUAGAAUUGAUGAAGCGGCCACUCAAUUUAUAGGUUGUCAAUCAGAGAAGGAGGAUUCUGAUACUGAUGAAGAAGGAAUUUUUGAAAAUUCCAAAGAAGAUGGGAAAAAGGAAGAUAUUCACGAGGCGGAGACUCAACUUUGUGAUAAAUCAGAAAAAAAUGAUUCCGAUACUGAUGAGGAAGGAAUUUUUGAGAAUUCUAAAGAAGAUGGGAAAAAGGAAGAAAUUCACGAGGCGGAGACUCAACUUUGUGAUAAAUCAGGAAAAGCUGAUUCCGACACUGAUGAGGAAGGAAAUUUUGAGAAUUCUAAAGAAGAUAAGAAAAAGAAAGAAAUUCACGAGGCGGAGACUCAACUUUGUGAUAAAUUAGGAAAAAAUGAUUCCGAUACUGAUGAGGAAGGAAUUUUCGAGAAUUCUAAAGAAGAUGGAAAAAAGGAAGAAAUUCACGAGGCGGAGACUCAACUUUGUGAUAAAUCAGGAAAAGAUGAUUCCGACACUAAUGAGGAAGGAGUUUUCGAAGAACCUAAAGAAGAGGCAAAAAAAUCGAAUGAACUCGAGGCAAAUACGGAAAUUUGUGAUAAAUCAGGAAAAAAUGAUUCCGACACUGACGAGGAAGGAGUUUUCGAGGGUCUUCCGAACGAGAAAUCUACGAAAAAUCCAGAGACCACGACAGAAAUUGAAAAUUCGAGUACAGCAGAAACUCGAAAUGAAAAUGCGUCAAAUUCAAAAAUAUCAUUAGCAGACAAUUCAAAGGAAACAAAAAUUGAAAGUUCAAGUACAGGAGAAACUCGAAAUGAAAAUGCGACGAAUCUCGAUCAUUCAAAAAUAUCAUUAGCAGACAAUUCAAAGGAAACGGAAAUUGAAACUUCGAAAUUGCAGACUUCAGUUUCAGGAGAAAAAGAAAACGAAAAAGAAAAGGAAAAAGAAAAGGAUAAAGAAAAAGAAAAAGAAAAAGAAAAGGAAAAAGAAAACAAAAAAGAAAAAGAAAAGGAAAAAGAAGAGCAAAUAGUUAUAGAUUCUAAAAAGGCAACUCCAACUUCGAAAAGAAGAAAUAAAAUUCAGCAAUCAACUAGUGAUUCGACCUCAGCGUCAACAGUUUCGAAAAAGAAAAAAAAUAUCUCUGAAUCAAAAAUCAAUACGACGAAUAUUUCAGAAAAUAAAACAAAGAAUUCUGACGUUUCUGCAAUGCCGGAUGUUGCAGAACAAGAGAAAUCUAAAAACACCAGUAACGAAUCUGAUUUUUCCGGAUUCAGUCCAAGACGUUCUCGAAGAUCCACCGUCAUUCACGAAAAAGUCGAAAACUUUCUUAAAAAGUGUAAAACUAGUUCAUCAAAAUCGAAAACUAAGACCGAAUUAAAAUCACCGGAUAAUUCGGAGUCAAACGUAGAAACGUCAGAGAAUGAAAAUUCAAAAGUAUACGAAAAUUCCGACGCCGAAGUCGAAGGGAUAUUCAAGAAUAAGAAAGAUUCUAAAGAAACUAAGAAAGAGGCGAAACCAAAAAGAAAUAUUCAGAAAAAUUCUCCGAUUCCCUCGACGAGCAAACAAUUGGAAAUGGAAAUUAAAAACGACAUCGACAUCGAAACUUUGAAAGGAAAACUCAAGAGAAAACUCGUUUCCCAGUCUUCGACACGUGAACAAAAAAUUUCCAAAACAGUUGAGAAAGAGAAAACUCAAAUAGCAAGUUCUAGAAAGUCUCUCAGACUUGACAAAAAUAUUAAGAAGGAUAAUGAAUCGCUAGCGAAGGAAAAAAUUCCGGAAAAAUUAAAGAAAUCCGAUUCGGAAGAGAAAAAGAAGAAAACUUGGAAAUUUAUCCUACCGUUAUCAGCCGAUAUUCCCCAAAAUAAUGAAACAAAAGAAUCUUCCCCAACAGACUACGAAAUGAAUUCCCGAUUGGCAAGUGUCGAAAAUUUAGAAUACGAAACAUCGGCCACACAACCAAUGGACGAUAUUGCAAAAUCUCAAGAGAAGAAAAUUUUGUCGUCCAGUCCAAAGAAAGAGAAAUCGACAAUUAAAUCACCAACAAGAAAAUCGUUGAGAUUGAUUGACACCAUUGAAGAGAAUCUAAACGAAAUGUUCGAAGGCGCAUCUGAGGAGAUUGAGGAACCUCAUCAGAUGUUAACGCAACAAUUGGAGAAUAUUUUGGAAGCAAGUCAAUUCAAUUGUGAUCAACAACCAUCAACAUCACGUGGGAGAGAAUCAACCGGACGAUCACCUAAGGUUAACGUUGUCGGCAAUCAUUCCCCGAGGAUGUCCCAGUUGAAUAUUCAAGUUGAAAGGCCAUUGAAAAAGCGCGCACUAAGAAUAAGUGAUAACGAAAAACACGAAGAAACAAUAAUUCAAGUGAAGAAUAAACGCGCCAAGCAGGAUGAGAAUUCUCCCGACGGUAUUGUGAUUUCGAAAACAAAACUAAGAUCCAAAGAGAAUGUUAAUUCGUCAACCGAACAAGUGACAACGAAAAAGGCGGAGGAAACUAUAAAAGUCCCGGCAAAUCCAAAAAGUAGAGCAAUUUCGUCGAAACUCGAAGACUCUUCAAGUUCCAUGACUGAAGAUUCUCCAACUACGACGAAGAAUUUAAAGGUCCCGCAAAAUCCAAGGAGUCGAAGAACGAAGAGAACGAAUUCGCCGAAAAAUCAAAUCAUCAAUUCCUCGGGUUCCAUGGCUGAAGAUUCGGAAGACAAUUCGAUUUCGAAAAAAUCGGUUCCGAUAAAUUCGAGAAGUAAAAGAAUCAAGAAAAAUUCUCCAAAGAUCGAUGUUACCAAUUCUUCAAGUUCAAUACUCGAAGAUUCGGACUCGACUUUAAAAGAUGAGAAAAAAAAUUCAAAACUACCCGUAAAGAGAACGAAUUCAAGAAGAAAGGCUAAUGAAUCUUCAACGAACGAUUCGGCGAAUAUUUCGAACCAAGCGAAAGAAACGAUACCGAAUCCGAGAAUUUCUAGAAGAGGAAAAAUUCCCACUACUUCACCUUCAACUUCUUUGAUUGACGAAACAAUGAAAACUGAUCCGAAUUCAUCAGUCGCAUCAAGCUCGAAAACAAAUUUGGCAGACACUUCGACGAAGGAAUUGGUAAAAGUGAAUCCAAGAAGAGGAAGAGCUAAGAAAACGAGGAAUGAGGAAGAAAUGAACAAUACCUCAAUGUCGUCGAAUUUAAAUGAAACUUCUUCAACGACACUCGAGAAAACAAUUAUCACUGAACCAAAGAAAACUCGUGGGAGAAAAACAAAAACUCCUAAUCAAUCUGCUAAUCAAGAAAAUUUAUCUGCGAGUUCAACGAUUCUUUCAUUGCCUGACAGCGAUUUGAAUUCUUCAACUGCUUCAACUCCGACCAGGGCAAAAAGAUCCAGACAGAGUUCUCCUCUCAAGCAUAAAGUGCUUUUUACUGGAAUUCCCGUUAAGGACUAUCAAAAACAAUUGACAAAAUUAGGAUUAAACGAGACAGAUGAUGUGAACAAAUGUACGAUUUUAGUUACUGAUAAAGUGAGGAGAACUUUUAAAUUCCUCUGCGCCGUAUCUCGAGGGAUUCCAAUAUUGUCUGUAAAGUGGAUUACGGACAGUGCAAAGAAAUCAAAUAUUCAAGACUUAGAAAAUUAUGUUAUUAAUGAUCCGACCGCAGAAAGUAAAUUUAACUUUAAUUUGAAGGAGAGUUUGCAGAAGGCUAGAGAUCGAAAGAUGUUAGAAGGUUACACAGUUAUACUUACGCCAAAUAUUAAUGCUCCACCAGUAGCAGAACUGAAAGAAAUGGUGACGGCGAGUGGUGGGAAAGUGGUAUUACGACCACCAGCAAAGUGGCUAAAGGACACUAUCAUUGUUUCAAAUGAUCAAGAUAAGGAAAAUGCUAAUAAAUUUAUGGCAAAAGCUCCAAAAACAGUGUCGCUUCAUUCCACAGAAUUUUUAUUGACUGGAAUAUUAAAGCAAGAAGUUGAUUUAAAGAGUUACUUGCUAAAGUUUACGUAAAGUUUAAUGUAUAUACAUAUAUUUAUCGUAUCACUAAAAAAUUCUCUAUUUUUUUCUAUUAAAAUUAUAAAAUGUUCUUUAAAUUACCUAUAAUAAUUUUGUAAUAAAGUUUUUUGUAAAAACUUA